AUGUGGCAGACGGGGCUGGUGUUGACGGUCCUGGUUUUGUACUGCGUCCUCCUCUCUCUCCUCGUCAUGGAUGCCAGCAACCACGAACGCAGUGGCCUGGGUGGUAGGCAGCUGGGGGCCCGGGGAGCCAGAGGCACGGGGCCCCUCUCUCCAAGGACCACGGGCCCCCACUUCCCACUGGGCACGGGGCUCAACACCCCCAAUCAAGAACCUCCACCCUCCACCCCACCACAACCCAGGAGGCUGGCACAGGAACCCGAUUACGUCCACGACGAAAACCUCCAAUAUGAUUCCAUGUCAAGCUCCGGGAUUUUAGAGAAGGAAGCCACGAAAUCAUUCAACGAAAUUGAUACAGAGCGCCUGAAAAUUGAAAAUAGGGGCGAUGAUAAUGAUGCAUCGUUGGUUGAAGGGGACGAGGUCGCCUAUUAUGACGAUUCUUCCGAAGAUGAGGAAGGGAGCUUGGACUAUGACUGGCAUGCAGAUAAUUACAAGAAGUACAACAAUUACGUCAAACACGUAUUAUUUUCUGACAUAUACAAGCCCCGGUACGUUAUCGAGAACUCUAAAAUAUGUAAGGGAAACUCCAAGAUUUUUGUGUUCAUAAAUUCGCGAGUUAAUAACACAAAUACUCGUCAAGUGAUAAGGGAAACUUACUUAAAACAAUUUAUGAAACGCAAAAUUCCAUACGGCUUCCUUAUUUCCAUGCCGGAGGGAAAGUUAGCAAUGCGGUCGAUAGAGACGGAGAAUGCCAGGUUCCAGGACCUGGUUGUGGUGGGCAGCCCCGAGUCAUACACACAACUGACCCUCAAGACAGCCCACAUGCUCCAGUGGGCAGCCACCAACUGCCCCCACACCACAUACGUCGCCAAGGUUGACGAUGAUGUUUAUGUGAAUGUCAAGAAGUUCCUGAAGGUGCUUGACGCCCCUAGGAACUUCACCAUCCUGGGCAAGGUGUGUAGCAGCUGUGUGCCUUUCAGAGGGAGCCAUGUGACACUGAGUCAGGCACUGAGACAGUUCUCCAACGUAGUCACCCGGCGCCACAUGCCACUCACCAAAUUCCCGCCAUUUGCCAUGGGCCCAGCCUAUGUCAUCACCCUCGAUGUCGUCCCUCUGCUACUGGAGGCGGCGCAGGAGAUGGUGUACUUCAGCUACGAGGAUGUGUUCUGGACGGGCCUGGCGGCUGAAAUGGUCAGCAGGGAGAGUGGGAUGAGCGUAGGCGUGAAGGAGGACCCGGACAGCAUCAAGGUGAAGUACCAGGAGAUGCCUGGAGAGCGCCUCCCCUCCACCCAGGUACACCACGAAGACGUGUCUGGCUGGCGGGCGGACCGCAAGUCUCAACAACCGUUGCGGAUCGCCCUUACCAUUGCUCGGAAAGCCGUCACGGUCCACAACAUCAACUGGGUCACAGACGAACAAUUUGUGUCAAGCCUACAGAAUAUAUAGGCGAGAGAAUUGCCCUAUUUGAAGCCCCUGACAUAUUCCGGAAGAGGAAUUUUAAAUUCCGGAACAUUUA